AUGUAUUGGACUGUUGAUGAUCCACUGGAUGAUGAAACCUUAGCACAGUUAGCCGAUGACAAUGAUGAAGAUGCUGCUAUGGUGGUACAGUUUGAGGACGCAGUGACAGAAGCAGUGCAGAGUGAUGCAGACCUAGCUGCCUAUUUUUCCUCAUAUCAGGGGGCACGUCGCCGCCUGACAGAACGUGCCAAAUUCAGAGGAUUUUGGCCCGUGAGAAAAGGAGGGAAAAGUGGGGGCAAGAAAGGUUUUGGAAAAGGAGGCGGAAAAGGAAAGUCACUAGCACAGAGGAUAGCUAAUUCUACGUGCAGACUGUGCGGGAAAAAGGGUCAUUGGAAGGCCGAAUGUAGCCUUCGUCAAUCAGCCUCGUCCACUGGCCCUCCAAGUGAUGGAUCAACAGUUCCGAUUUCCAUGGCGGUCGUCGACGAUGUGCCAACAGAGAUCCCGCCCGAGAUCUCCCAUUUGCCUGAGAUGAGAUUUCCCGAGCCUUUGAAUGAACUGAGCAUUCGUGCCAACCACCGUGAGUACAACAAGUCGCAGAAGAAGCAGAUCUCUCGAGAGGUCGUGAGUGCCAUGACUCUGGAAGAGUUAGCCAGCGAGAAGAUCACCUUCAGAGAGUCAAAGAAGGGUAUGACCUAUGCUCAGGCGUUCGAGGACGCACAAUGGACCGAGUUCAUUUUGAACAGGUUCGAGAUGAGCGACAAACCAGAGCACAUGAUGUUUGUGCAGUAUGUCCGUCUGCGCCUGAAGGAUGUCCAGGUGAAGACCAAAACCAGCAACCAGAGCCCCAAGCCGAAAGAGAACAAGAGCAUGCCUCCCGUUCCACAGGAGGUUUGGGAAGAUGUCAUGCCCACGGACGGCUCAGAUCCAGCCGACCUGAUGCACCUGCCCUUCAUUCAGGAGGAGAUGCAAGAUCUACGACAGAGCAACCAGCAUCUGUCCAAUCGAAUGGGACAAGUCGAGAUGAUGAUGCACGAGAUGCUGGAGCACAUGAAGAAGAUGCAGGCUGAUCUGAUCCGGCAUGGUAUGUUUGCAGAAGAGGUGCAUUUGAACAUGACCCUGGACACAGACUUUGACUUCACACAUGAUGUUUCCAACAACAGUUAUCACCGACGAAUCCAACGUAUGGUAAAACAAUUUCAAUCUGAACUUGACCAAGUGAUUCAACAAAAUCAGAAGAACAAGUUUCGACUUCCUCAACUUGAUUUGUUUGAAGUCAUGUGUUCCAGUGACAGUGAACUCACAAAGCAAAUGUCGUCCAUUGGUGGUCGCUCCAAAAGAUUCGGAUUGGCAGAAGGUGACCUCCAAACAGCUGCAGGACGCCGAAGAAUGUUUCAAGUGUUGACCACCCAGAAUCCCAAGAAUCUGUGGUACAGCCCUGAAUGUGGACCCUGGGUGCGUGGACACGGUUCUGUGUGGAAACCGCCUAUAGGUCUUAUGUGGCGGAAUGAAUCACUCCAUGGGUUGCAUGACAUUCUUCAGAAACGUCUUGCAAGCCUCUGGCAGAUCAGCUUAGCCAUUGUUCUGUAUCGAUUUCAGGUGCAGAGAUCACUGCAUUUUCACUUAGAACAGCCGGAUAGUUCCAAAAUGUUGCAGCUCCAACCACUAAGUGAAAUUGGUGAACACACAAGGCUUUGUCGCUUUGACCUCUGCCGCAUGGGCAACUUGACCGAUCCAGAAUCAGCCAUGCCCAUCCGAAAGCGUUUGAACGUAGCAACAACGUCAGAUCCGUUGGCCCGAGCCAUCCAUGGAAAGCUGUACAAUCCCGAUCACGAACACCGACAAACUGCAGGAAGCCUGCAAUUUGUCGAUGUUCGUGAGGGAAAGCGUAUGUCAUUGUCCACUUUUACUGAGAAGUACCCAGCCAAAUUUGCUCGACAGGUAGUCAAGAUCUUGCUUUAUGAAGUUCCAAAGGAAAAGCCUGUGUUUGCAAUGGAUGACCCACCUUCUCAGGAAAAUAACAAUGAACACCCAACCAAGAAGAGACGCCUCAUGUCAAAAUUGAGUCCACAAGCCAUUGCACAGCGAUUUGCUGACGCCAGCUGGCAGACAGUGAUGAGACGUGCCAAUGUAAUGGCCCCACGUGUUGGACCACUGGUAAUUGACACUGGAGAAAUCAUUCAUGAGAUUUCCAUGUUAUGUCCUGAACAUGAGAUUAAACAUGUGGUCCUUUGUCGUGGCACAGACCGGUAUCCUGGCCCUACCAGAAAUGUUCCACCAGGUAGUGCUCCUCUAACAAAACGCAUUUGCAUCCGUCGCAAGCAUGAAGAUGUGGUUGUUGAUGAUGAAUGGGAGCCCUGGGAGAAACUGACAUUUAAAGGUUUGCGUCGAAAGGGAACGCCAGCCAGAGUCAGUCUGACCAUAUUUGCCAAAGCCAAGACAGUUGUAGGCCAAGAGAUACCUGUUUCCGAACAUGUUCCAGUGCAGUCUCAAUCUUCUGCCGACGUCCGUGCUGUUCGCUCUGCUGAGUUCGAAGGAUCAGAACCAGAACCAAAGCGACCGCGCACUCAUGAGCCAAUGGAUGUGGCCCAAAGAGUUUCCGAACCAGAAAAGACCGAAUCAAUAGAUCGUCAUGUCAUUGACCUAGCCUCUCAGAAACAUGGACCACGUUUCAUGAUGUUGAAGCCAGAAACUCAGGCAUGGCUUCUCAAAGUUCACCGAAACCUGGGCCAUCCGGGAGCUAUGAAAUUGACAGAGUUCUGUCGACAACUGGGAUGCCCCAGUGAAAUUCUCCAAGCCAUCGGAGACCUGAAAUGUUCAACAUGUGCUGAGAAUCAAGAUCCCAAGAUAGCUCGUCCAAGUUCCAUACAUGACCAUGGGGAUUUUGGAGAUGUUGUUGCAAUUGAUGGUAUCACAUGGACUAAUAAGAUGGGGCAACAGUAUAACAUCUAUCACAUGUUGGAUCAAAGUACCUUGUAUCACACUGCCGUGGUUACUCGUGCACAUGAUGCUGAACAGGCCAUACAUGCGCUUCACCAGGGGUGGAUUCAAUGGGCCGGACCUCCAGGUCUCCUAUGCAUGGAUGCAGGGACAGAACUGAACUCCAAUGACUUCAUGACAUUUUUGCAACGGUACUCAAUCAAACAUCGAACCAUUGCCACAGAAGCACACUGGCAAAAUUCCAGGGUUGAGAGACAUGGAGCUGUACUGCAAAGCAUUUUGAACAAAAUGGACACCGAAGAACCACUUGAUUCCUUUGAAAAAGUAAGCCAAGCAACCGCCUUGGCCACUGCAACCAAAAAUCAAUGGAGCCGUCACAGGGGUUAUCCACCAGAAGUCCUUGUGUUUGGAAAGUCAAGUAGGGUAGCCGGUUCAGUAGUUUCAGAUAUGCAGUUGCCUUCCCACAGUUUAGCCAUUGAUGGUCGUCCUGAAGGUCUCCGAUUUAGAGAGGAACUGGCCCUGCGAGAACGCGCGCGUCGCGCCUUCACUGCCACUGACAAUUGUCAGGUCCUAAGAAGAGCCCUGGUCCAAAGGAGUAGACCCAAUCGGGGCAAGUAUGUCCAGGGAGAUCAUGUCAUGAUGUGGCGAAAACGUGGUGAAGCUGAUGGCUCUUGGAUAGGUCCCCUUCGAGUUGUGUUGCAAGAAAGUUCACAUGUUGUGUGGAUCACCAUGGGCAGCAAGCUGUAUCGCGUAGCUCCGGAACACCUCCGACCGCUGUCAGCAGUUGAGGAGUGGCAACACCGAUCCACAAUCAAUGAAAAUCAAUCAGGUGAUUCUCCACGUUCCACGUCACCAAAUCAAAGCAUUAUCCCACCACAUGGCGGAGUACAAUAUCACAAUUUAAUUCCCACUGAAGCACCAAGUUCAACUAACACUGCCAAUAAUCAAGAUGUGAAUCAGAUUCCAAUAAUCCCCAAUGAAGAUAACCCUAACGUUUCAGUAAUCCCAAUAAGUGACAGUAACUCUGAACAACCUGAUGGUGAACCAGUUCCCAACAACCAGGAUCCCUCCGAAAAUGUUGAGCAGCCACCCAAUCCAGUGGAAGUGCCAAUUCCAGAUACGGAUGAUGAACUCUUUGUGGAAGCCGAUCAUGUUUUCCAAGUUGAUAAUGAUCAAUGCUGGAAAUUAGAGAUUCCCAUUUGUGCUCAAGACAUCACCCGCUGGCGUGAGGAAACAAAACCACAGGAAAUGGCUUUCCUUGUUUCAGCAGCAAAACAACAGCGCAGUGAGGUGAAAUUGUCAGAUCUCACAGCUGAAGAUCGCGAGCGUUUCCGGCAGGCCAAGAUGAAAGAAGUGGAAAGCUGGAUCAGUACCGAGACUAUCACAAAAAUCAUGCGUAAUCAGAUCCCAAAAGCCAACAUUCUCCGAAGCCGAUGGAUUUUAACUUGGAAAGAAGUUGAUCCCACAGCUGAUCAACCCCAACAAUCCCAGAAAAUGAAACCGAAGGCUAGACUAGUUGUGCUUGGUUUUGAAGAUCCUGAAGUAUCAGAAAUUCCCCGUGAUAGUCCGACAAUGAAUAAACUGACCCGGAUGCUUCUCCUUCAGUACUGUGCCAGCCGAAAAUGGGAUAUCCAAAGCUUCGAUGUACAGACUGCAUUUUUACGAGGCAGCGAGCAGAGCAAUCGCGUUUUAGGCAUGGAACCACCAGAAGAGAUGCGACAGAAACUCAAGCUCCGUCAAGAUGAAGUGGUGCAACUUCUCAAAGGUGCCUAUGGGCGUGUUGACGCACCAUAUCUCUGGUUUGUUGAACUGAAGAAGACCCUAGAGGAGCUGGGAUUCCAAGCAUCACCGUUUGAUCCGUGCCUGUUCCAUCUGAGUGACCCCAAAACCCAGGAGACACAAGGUCUGAUUGGUGUUCAUGUUGAUGAUGGGUUGUGCUGUGGGAAUGAAACUUUUCAGAACAAGCUCAAACAACUGGAAGCCAAGUUUCCUUUUGGAUCCCGUAAGAUGCACAAAUUUGUGUUCACUGGUUUACAUGUCACGCAAGAAGCUGAUUACACUAUCACAGUGAACCAGUCACAGUAUGUUCGGGAUAUUCAUGCAAUUUCCAUCUCUCAUGAUCGAAGGUGUCAACCAGACAGUGUCGUCACAGAAGAGGAACGACAAGCGUUGCGAGCUCUGAUAGGGAGCCUACAGUAUGCAGCUGUAAACACGAGACCUGACAUAUGCAGCCGACUGGGUUGGCUUCAAAGCCAAAUCAACAAAGCAAAAGUGUCCACAUUGGUUGAAGCAAAUCGAACCCUCCAUGAAGCAAAACAACAUUCCAAUGUGGCCCUGCGAAUACAAUCCAUACCAGUUCCUGAUUUGCGGUUUGUUGCUUUUUCCGAUGCCUCCUUUGCGUCAGAGAAAUGCCCUGACUCACAUCAGGGAAUGAUGAUCAUGUCUGCUCACAAGUGCAUUGGUGAAAAUAGACGCAGUCCAAUCAAUCCAAUGGUAUGGCAUUCUAAGAAAAUCCAGAAGGUAGCAGUCAGCACGUUGUCUGCCGAAGCAAUGGCUCUGGCAGGAGCAGUGGAUAUGCUUUCUUGGGUGCGCCUUUUCUGGGCAUGGAUAUGUGAUCAUCGCUGUGAUUGGAGACAAGCUGAUAGCACUCUCCUCCGACUUCCACCAGCAUUUUCAGCGUUGACACCAGAACUGCCUGAGAAACAGCCGAUGCCUGAAGUUGCCAAAAGAAUCCUCAAUGAUAUUCCCAAGGAACGUUCUGAUUUCAUUACCACUGAUUGUAAAUGA